CUUAGCAGAUAGGAUGAAGGAAACGCCUCAUUCUGUGCAGCUGGAGGCUAGAAAGUGUGGGGAGUUCAUGAACGUGGCUUGUCUUCUGCUGCAGUCGCUGCAGUGCACUCAGAGCUGGCUGGGCCCAGGAAGGAUCCCGACCUGCUGGACACAAAAUGAGUGUCCCACAUCCAGAAAAUUUGACUGAUGUGAUCCUGCUGACAGUGAGUUAAGCAGUCUUGCUCCAAUGUUUUAAGCACCUGGCAGACCCAUCAUGAUCCUAGGUGAAGCUAUUCAUUACUCUUAGAAGUUUUUUUUUUUUGAGAUCUGUGCUGACAGUGAUUAAGGGACUGUUGGCGAUUAAAAAUGGAAGAAACAAGGAAGCUUUCCCCAAAGCCGAGUAAAAGCAAAGAGCCUGUGAAAACAGAAUGGGGAUCUCAGAGCGUGGUGUUCACCUAUUUCCAAGGGGACAUUAACAGCAUGGUAGAUGAACACUUUUCUAGAGCUCUCAGCAAUGCCAAGAACCCCCAAGACCUGAGCACAAAGCACAAGGUAGACAGCAUGUCUCCCCAUCAGUGGAAUUUCUCUUCACAUUGCUACAAAUCAUAUCCAUCAUCUUCUUCAACAAGCAUGGCAAAUUCUGCUCUGAAUUGUUCUGCUGCUGGUGUGGUAGGCCAGUGCCAGCCAUCAUCUCUGUGUAGUCGUCCAGCUCAACCUGCAGAUUUAUGGCCCUUCCUUCCAAUUGGGACUCCCAGUGUAACCAGUUCAGUGUAUCCUCACACCCUCCCUGACCUGCAUGCAGCUGAUGAGCUGAUCUCUGACAGGAAAUACAGUUCUCUUCUUGGCCUUCUGCAACAGGAAAGGUGCUUAACAUCCAUGCAAGAAUGCACCAUGAAGCAACACUCAAGUUCUGCUUGUAUGACUGGACCUGCAAGGUUACAAAAUAUGAGUCAAAGUUCAGCUCCUGGGGGAGCGAGGAAAGCAAACUCUUACCAAGGCUCAGAAAAUCCCAGUGUAAGCCAUGCCACUCCAGGUAUUCAGCUUCAUGACAGAAGACGAAAUUUGUACUUCUAGCACCUGAAUGUUUCCACUUUGUUCUGAAAGAGAAAGUUAUUUCAGUGAACAUUUUAUUAUUUGCAACUGUGAAUCAAGAAGAAACCAGCUGCAGCUAAUCCCAUGUUUUUUUGCUCAGCUGGAGGAAUACGUGUACUAUUUACUGUUUGGGGAAUGACAAAAUAACCAUUUUCUGUACAGUAAAUAAUUUCUAAUGUUUUUGCUGUUAAUUUGGCAGUAUGUUUGUUGUGGCGAUAUAUUGUUUAUUUAAGGCUUUACAUGUAGCCCUCUGGAAAGGACUCUUGCACUUUUUAAUUUUUGUGUUUAUUAAUUUACCACCUCCUGAUAAGAAGCACAAUUCUUAUCAAUACAGCUGAUAACCUGUAAGUACAGGGAUGCAGUUAGCAUAAAUUCAGUGCUGCAGCUUCAUAGAUUUCAUUGAUUUGAUACCUCCAUGUUUCUUAAAAUAAUCUUAGGCCGCUGGCAAGAGACUUCAACCACAGGUCAGCAAAGCACAUUAUUGUAUUUAUGUUUCAAAAGUGCAGCAAUUUGUGACCAUACUUGCAAUUCCUAGGAAUACUCUUCAGAAGUUUGUUAUAUUCCUAUGCCUGAAGGCUCUGUUUUGCCUUCUCACCAAUAUAUAAUCAUCCUCUAGAAAGCUGUGAAUUCACAUUAGCUCUGAGAGGAAACCUAGAUUCUCAUUGGGUGCAAUUAAAAUACCAUUCAGCAAAAAGCUGCAGGUAGGAGUGUUCUAUUUUCCCAGCCUCUCUGCAGGUGUAAAAGAUUCUUUUUCUAAAUAAGCUCUGUGUUUACUUCUUCCUUCUCCACUGGUUAUGCAUUAAUAUAAUAUAAUAUAAUAUAAUGUAAUGGAGUAUGAUUAUCUUUUUGUGACAGCUCUAUGCUGUUCCUGAAGGCAAUUUGACCUCUGAGUUCUCAGAGCUUGUGAUUUUAUAGAACAAAUCCUGAGCUAGUAUAAAUGUUUGUGACAGAUGCACCAGAUAGCUCUGCUGCCACUGCUCCAGUUAUAACGCCUUGUGUAAUUUAAUAAAUAAUAUGAGCUUAGCAAAAUCGAGUGUUUAUGGAACUAAUAUAGAAACUGAGAUUUUGGAAGUUCUUUUUUAAAUUUUACAAGUUUGGUUUAGCAGUUACAUGUUCUACAUCAAUCUGAGAUCACAAGGGGAACUGUUUUAACUAAAUUAAUAAAAGAUUUUUUUUCUUAAAUAAAA